UGGCCCAAAUUGGAAAGCCCAAUACUGAGGAAGAGAACUUGAGCUCACCGUUUUCACAGCUCAACAUACUGACACUUGCUCCCUCCGCAGACGACGACGGAGCCUCCGCCGUGAUUUCACACAGUACAGAACCACAGAGGCCCCUGCUCCUUUUCUCCGCCCUCAAAAUACCACACUUUCAUCGUUCACUUAUCUAAAAAACCUAACAACUCUUUCCGUAUUCCAAUUUUUAACAAGCUGGAGGAGACUCUCAUGGAGGUUCCAUCGAGUGAGAAUUUAGAGCAAACAGCGGUUUCCUCAGUCGACGCCGUUAAUCCACACAGUGAUGAUGUGGUACCUGAUUCUUCCAACCACAGGGAUGGUGAGCAAGAUAGUGAGCAAAGGGAUGAUGAUGUUUCUCGGGAAGAAGUGAGGAAGGUUCUAGAAGUCAUUGCAUCUACUGGGAAGUUCUGGCAUGACUGGGAUAAGCUCAAGACUAUGCUAUCUUUUCAGCUGAAGCAGGUAUUAGCAGAGUACCCUGAGGCAAAAAUGACUAGUGAACAGCAAUAUGCUUCUUUAGGAGAAUCCUACUCUGAGGUGGUCAACAAGUUGGAUGAUGCGCUUACUUGUUUCAUUGAAGGUCCUCCCUUUACAUUGCAAAGGCUUUGUGAGAUCCUAUUGGAUGCAAAAGGCAUUUAUCCACAUCUUUCGAAGCUUGCUUUGGCCCUGGAAAAGAACUUGUUAGUUACAUCCACAUUGACAAUAUCUACUGAUCCAUUUCCACAAGCAACAACAGUACAAGAGCUAGAUGAGCAAGAGAAUGCAAAUGAAAAACAACAGCUGCAACUCGAUGGCAUAGAAAAUGGCACUGAACCUCCGGUAGCUGACAAGGAUGAAGUGAUGGCUGAGGCAGAUACAGGUGAGGAUAUGACCAUUGACACAGUUGCUUCGGAAGACGCUAAAUCAUCAGAAACAAAGUCUGAGCCAGAUGCUAAUAAUGCAUAGCCUUUGUUUUGUGUUCAAUGUUGUAUGUUAAAUCCAUUACUUGAUAUGAGCAUUUGAUCCGUAUAUUUUCUGCUGUUGAGCACGAACUGCUAUGAGGACAUUAUGGACAUUGAUCAUUGCAGUGUUAAUCCUUACAUUUUCGAAUUUCUUAGCACUUGAAAUCAGGACUUUGUAUCUCUUAGAUGCUAUGAUUAUAUUGGUGGCAUGAGGAUCAAGAUCUGUGCAUCAUGCUUUUUAAUCUUCUGAAGCUAUUUUACA